CCGCGGACAUUUUCGUCCCUGAGCAUUUGAAAAUACUUUUAAAUCCCUGACCUUCACAAAUCUUGGACGGAUGAGUCCCUCCGUCGAAUUGCCUCUGCCAGACUCGCCGGAGAAGUCUGAUGUGGCUCUCGUGCGGAUGACGUGGCAUGACUGGUUGACACCUGGACUGCUAACUGGAAAGCUACAUUAUAAAAUUGGACAAAUAAGUCCCUGCACCACUAAACUACGUCGUUUUGAUUUCAUCCCUAAUCCUUAAAUUGAUUGCGUUCUUUCUGGAGGCCAGUGUGAGGAGCUCAAUCUGCAUCAACCAUGGCUGCUAAUGGAGCAUCAGCAAUGUCGAGAAGAAGCCGCAGAGGAGUAAGAGAAGAAAAUUAUGCUUCAAGCUCAGACCCUUGUGUUGUGCACGACGGAGACCUGAAGGACGAUGUCGCCCCGAGAUGCUUCUGUGGAGUUUAUGCGAUAAUGUAUAUGUCGAAGACGAUUAGCAACCCAAACAGAGUCUUUUUGGGUUGCCCAUUCUAUAAGGGAAACCAACUGCAUUGCAAGUUUUUUCUUUGGGUCGAUGAGCAUCUUGUUAGAAUUGGAAGCAGUGGUUGCAUCUUUGAUAAAAGACCUCUGAUACAGGUGGCCUGA